AUGAAGAAGAACAAGAACAGUUUUAGUUUCCGUCGAGGGAGUUUGAAGCAGAAGAAGAGCAGCGCCUCCUUGGCCGAGACCGCGUCUGGCUGGGGAAGUCAGGCCAAUCUGCUCAACGAUGUCCUCUAUUCUCCGCAAGUCGUGCAGAUCGGACAUCAAGCUAACGGUAGGGGUGGUGUGGACUUCAAUUAUCUUCGAAAAAAUCGAAAAAUAAAAAAAUUUUUUUUUGCGAAAAAAAAAUUUUUUUUCUAAAAAAAAAAAUUUUUUGCACAGUGCUACCAAAAAUCACAAAAUAUUUUUUCGCUCAAAAAACGUCAUUUCCCCUGAAAAAUCAGCAUCUCGUCGUGAAAAAACAAAAAAAUCACCCCAAAAAAAUCGUUUUUUUCGGAAAAAAAUCGUAAUAAAAAGAUUCGAAAUUCUCAUCAUAAUAUCGUCCUGUUCGUUCAAAAAAUUACUGGAUUUUCCUAAAAAAUCAUUUUUUUUUGUAAAAAAAAAUUUUAAUUAAAUUUUCUUUUUCAAAAAAUCAUCGUUUUCGAAUAAAAAAAAAUUUUCGUCCCAAAAAUCAUCACUUCUUAUCGUUAGGCUGAAAAAAUCUCCAAAGAAUCGCAAUAAUUCAAAAAAAUUCUAAAUUCACCCUUUUUUACUAAAAAAAAAUUUUUUUCGCCCAAAAAAUCACUAAAAAUUUAUAAAAAAUCUCCAAAAAAUCGCUAUCCCUCAAAAAAAAUCAAAAUUCAGGUCCAACCGACAACAUCACCGCUCUUUUGGCGCAGUCCAAUGAUCCGCCCAAGCCGAUGUUGUUCUGCGAGAUGCUGCAUUUGGUUGGGAGCAACUUCUCGGAUCAGGAAUUGCAGCCGCAUUGGAAUCAGACCAACCGCUGGAUCAAGUACGAGCAGACCGUUGAGGGCGAGGGAAGCCGCUUCUCGAAGCCGCACCUCACUUUUAUGCGGGUCCCGUCGCUGUUGCAGGUAAAAUACGGACCAAUAAAAGAGUGUCCAUCCUACAGUGGCGGACCUGAUCCAGUGGCAAAAAAAGUUCCAUUUUGCAUCCGGGAAGUCUCAAAAAUGUGACAAGACACCUCCCUCUCAAAGCAAAAAACUCCGAUUUCAAAGGCGCGCCUUCAAACCGGGGUUUUCUAGUUGGAAUAGGAGGCAUUUUGCCACAUUUUUUGGUACCUCCCGGAUGCCGAAUGGUAUUUUUUUGCCACUGGAUCAGGUCACUCACUGCAUACUAGGUCAACUAUCAGUCUUUCGGGAAAAUGAUGAGCGCAAUUUCGCUGUCCCGAUCCAGUCGCUGAAGUGAAAAACAAUUUGAUUUUGCGGCGACACAAUUCAUAUUCUCAGCGGCGAUACAAUAUUCCAUGCGACAGAGUUCUUAUUAUUUUCCCGACAGACUGAUAAGUCGGUAGAUAAAUCUGUAAAUCUGUGACAAAACUUCCUUUUCUUCUAUUUUUAUUCAAUCCCAUUUUUCCUUACAACCAAUCUCCCAUCUCCAUUCCAGGUCCGCAACACCCUGAAACGAGGUCUUGUUCUGCUCGACGUGGAUGUGGAAAACUUCCCCUCCUUGGUGGAGCUGAUCACCGACAGUUGGUGCGAUCGCGGCGCAUUGGACGAGGCGAUGGUGGAGAGUGUCCGAAUGCUCCUCUUCGCUCCAAAAUUAUACUCCGGAAUGGGGAAGAGGCGCCGAGUUGAGGAGCUGGUUCAAUCAGAGAGCAGAUUGAGAAGUUCGACAAGCUCUUCCAUCUCCAAUGUGGUCAGAAAGCUGUCGAGCAGUCCCAUGGACAGCGAGAAUUCAAAGCUGUCGCCGAGGGAUAGUUUUGAUGAGCUUCAGCAACGGCCCUCGUCGCCAAAGCCGGAUGAUGUAAGGGGAGUUAAAUUGCUGCGUAUUCAGCUGUCUAUAGAAGUCUGAGAAUCAAAGAAAUACAUACAGUGGGAUCUCUGUACAACAUGAGAGGAAACCUGUGUAUCAGUCUGCAAGGAAACACUUUUAACGAAUCAAUUUUUUUGUGCCAUUUAAUGUUCUUAUUGUUAGAUGUAUAAUACAGAGGUUUUCCUAUAUGAUUUUCUUGUUCUUUCUUCAUACACCCUUCACUGUAAUAUCCAUGACUUUAGGAAGACUCGUUUAUCCGAAAACUGGCUCCAGGAACGGAAGCAGCCGUAAUUAUGGUGGCUAACGUGGAGGGUUUGGAGAAACCGUUGAGUGCCUUCGUGCGACUGACUACUGCUCAGGUAAGCCCUAUAUGGCGCGCUAAAAGACACCUCAAUCCUUCCUGCUUGUUUCAGAUCCUCAACCCCGACAUUCCUCAACACGCAAUCCCUGUGAAAUUCGUCUUCAUUCUGUUGAAUCGGGCCGAAAAUUUCAUCAACGAAACGUCGAACCUUGGCCGGACUGUCGGCGCCCUUUUUUCGGACGAGAUUUUCUCCCGCGUCGCGUAUUUAGCGUCCGACAAGCAUAUGUUAUGCGACGCGGCUGACGAAUUCUUCACAACCGCAUGCUUAUUGCCUGCGGGCAAGUGCACACCGGAAACUAGAUGCCAUCCGGAGGACCUGAGUAGUAGUUUGGGAGGGGAGUUUCGAGAGGUACGGGGGGUUUUGAGCUUUGUAAAAUUCGUUAAUGCUUAGCCUGUUGAUGAUAAAAAAUUGCUUGUAGGUCCGGAAGAUUGGGUUGAGUCGAGAGGAUAUUCAAGAGACCUCUCCGCCAGGUGGUCAUGCAAAUGACAUUGUUGUGUCUGGCACGCUCUUCGGAGGUCUGGCACAUGACAUUCAGUAAGUCUAUCUAUCAGCCUGUCAGGAAAACAAUGAGCGCAAUGUCGGAGCGCCAAUCGCGUCGCUGUAGUGAAAAUCAAUUUGAUUUUGCCGCGACACAAUUCAUUUUCGAUGCGAUUUUCGACGCGACAGAGUGCUCAUUAUUUUCCCGACAGACCGAUAAUUUAUGCGGGACCCGAAAAUCUUUAGGCAAGAAAAUGAUGACAAUCGGGAAACAUUGGGGAAGUACCCAAAGCGCGACGCUCAGAUUUUGAUAAAAGUGGUACAAAAUUGGAAGUUUUUUUUCUAAUCCAUUAGCGACACUGCUAGCUCGCGCUUUGCAGAAAAAAAACUGAAUUUUUUUUAGAUUAAAGAUUGGAAAGAAUUAGCAAUUUUUUGCGAAUUUUGGGAUCAAUUCAAUUUCAAUUUAUUCACACUAAUCACAUGUAAAAUCAUGGAGUGUAUCAGUCGGGAUUCCAUUGUCUGGUCAGUAUAAGGUCUCUCCAUCUCGCGCCAUGGUGCUUUCGAAAAUCGUCGGUCCAUCAGAGUCUGGGGCGUAAAAGGUCGUUUGUAGGGCGGCGCACGUCAAACUGAGAUAGGCUAAAACAGUCCGGUGAACGAAUUGGUAAUUUGCCAAAAAAUUUAAAAAGACGCAAAAAAACGUUUUGUCGGGGAAGAAGUGGGGAAUUUUUGGGGCGAGAGAGUGCGAUUUUGCGUGUCUUUUUUCUCUCUUUCUCUGCGAAAUCAAGACGAAGUGUAAAAAACCGAUAGCGAAGAGUCUAUUCCGGUCACCGGCCUCCUCUGUUUGACGUGCGGCGUCCAUUCCAUCAGUCGUUGAUCCCAUCUUCCCUCCUCGCGUCUUAGCUGCAUUUUCUCCAUGUACUUCCACUUUCGCUUCUUUGCCUUGCAUACAUUCUUUAAACCAGUCCUCGCGCGGAUGUUACACGUUCGGGAUCAAAAGUUUCAGAUCUAUUUCUACCAUUGGCAAUAUCUCCACAAAAAAUCACUUUUUCCGCAUAAACUGGCAAAGAUGAGGCUAAAAAACGUUUCUCUCUCACCGCUCUCCGCGUACUUUCUUGGCGACAAAGAUUGUUGAAUAUCUCGGCGGUCGCUGGAAAGCGCGAGCUAAAACUUUCAGGAAUUGAUACUUAGCCUACGCUCGACAUGUGUGCAAAGUUUAAAGAAAAUCUGAGCGUCGCACUUGGUUCAUUUCAAAUUUCGGGGCCGCGACAAAUUCUCAGGACUUUUUUAGGGUUAGUACGAUACUUACAUUACACCUUUUCAGACGGAAACUCCCUUGGUAUGCCUCCGAUUUCACCGACUUUUUCCGCGGCCGCCUCAGCCAAUCGUUCGCCGCGACGAUCUGUGUUUUCUUCGCCAAUCUCACCAAUAUCAUCACGUUCGGCGCCGUCAUGGAACGAACUUUUAACGGCGAAAUGGCGGCGGUCGAAAACAUCCUAUGCGGCGCCAUAACCGGCGUCAUUUUUGGCCUCUUUUCCGGCCAACCGCUGAACGUACUGUCCGCGACGGGGCCUACGCUGAUUUUCGAAAAAAUCAUUUACGACAUGUGCAAGACGCAGGGCUGGGAUUUCCUGCCCUUCCGCUUCUGGAUGGCGUGCUGGAUCGCGCUCAUCUUGCUGGUGAUUGUGGCCAAGGAUUUGAGUGCGCUGGUCGCGUUUAUUACCAGAUUCACGGAAGAGGCUUUCGCGACGCUCAUCUCGGUGGUUUUUAUUAUUCAGGUAAAAAAAAUUUGAAUAAAAAAAUUAAAAAUUAAAAAAUACGAAAAAUAAAAAAUAAUUAAUAAAAAAAUAAAAAAUUAAAAAAAAUCGGAGAAAUAUAAAAAUAAAUAAAACAAAAAAUACAAAAUUUUUAAAAGAAAUAAUUUGGAAAAAUAAAAAAAAAUCGAAAAAAUAAAAACUAAUAAAAUAAAAGAAAUUUUUGUUUUAUUUUAUAAAAAAUACAAAAAUUCGUAAAAAAAAUAAUCAAUAACAAAAUAGAAAAUAUAAUUCAAAAAAUUAACACAAAUAAAAAACAAUUCUUAUUUAACUUGAAAAAAUCAAAAAAUAGAGAAAUAAAAUACCCAAAAAAAAAGAAAAAAUUAGCAAAACUUUAAUCUCGAUUUCUAUUCAUCACCUAAAAACUGAAAAAAAUUCUUUUAUUUCCAGGCCGCCGAAAAGAUCCUCGAGAUCCAAAAAGAGGCUCCACUAACUCCGAAUCCGGGGGAAUUUAUCGACUCUACGUGUCAGUGCAUCCGAAACGCCUCUCGGUCGAUAUUAUCGACUCAUAAUCUGUACAGCGAGGCCGAGGUUUGCACCCAAAGUGGUGGGACGUUGAGUGGAAAAGCCUGUUUUUUCAAGCCUGACGUGUUUUUGGCGUCCGUUUUAUUGGCCUUGGGGACGUAUGCGGUGGCAAUGAAGUUGCAUUCUUUCAAACAAUCGCCAUAUCUCAACACUAUGGUAAGCAAAUUUGCCAUGUUUGAGGGACUUUUUUGUAACCUCGGGCGCACCUCGAGAUAUAUUUCAUCGUAUAAAAUGGUUUGGAAAUCGCUUUUAAAAAGAUGAAGUAGACGUAAAAUGGCACAAAAGGAUGUAAAUUUUUUUUUAUUUUUACAGUUUUCAGUGUCUACGCUCGGGCGCAGCUCGAGACACAUUCCGUCGUAUAAAAUGGAAAUAUGUACUAAAAAUUUAAUACUAUUGACGAAAAUGGAUAGAGUAGUGGCGAAAACGGCAAUAGUUUUAUUUUUCGGAUUUAUCAAUCAAGCCAGGGCGCAGCUCGAAAAAUUUUCUUAUCGUAUAACUUGUCUCCUCGGAAGGACACUAAAUGCGACUUAUAACAGCUAAAAAGUAACUGUAGAAGCGUCAUACAAUUUUUUGCAUCAUAAAAAAUCAACUUAUGUGUAUAAUUUUUCACCUCGGAAAUGUUUCAUCGUAUAACUUGUCCCUUCGAGGUUUCGUCGGCAGAAUUUCAAAAUCCUUAGUUCUAGCCUAUUGCUGGUUAGUUUUCAAACCAAAUAUAUCAAAUUUUUAGAUCCGCAACAUAGUUGCCGACUUUGGAUUAUUGAUCUCAAUUAUCAUCUUCUCCUUGAUUUCAUAUUUGAUUGGAAUCCGUGUCCCAAUCCUGCAAGUCCCUCAAUCCCUUACUCCGACAAUGAAACGGCCGUGGCUCGUCGACAUAACAAACAUUUCUUCGCCGACAGUUAUUUUCGUCUCGGCCGUUCCAGCAGUAAUGUAUACAAUCUUAAUUGUGAUGGAUCAGCAAAUCACAGCUGUCAUUGUAAAUCGAAAAGAUAAUUUAUUGAAGGUAAGGGGGUUGAUUUUACUAUUUUCAGUUUGAAAAAAAUUUUGUCAUUGUUUCUUUUUCAUCUGGCAAAGAUUUUAAAAAUGCACAGUGCGAACAAUUUUCAAUGCUCUGCACUGUGCGCAAGGUAACCUGUAGAAGGUCAAAAUUCGUUUUUAAAAAAAUUUCAGGAUCCAUGUUAUUCAUUAGUUGAAAUUUCUUUGCCCUCAAGCAUGAUUCCCGCACAAUGUAACCAUUUUGCGAAAAUCCGCACCGUGCAGAUCAAAAAAACCUUUUUUAAGCCGCACAGUGCGCAGAACACAAAAAGCAGUUUUAAAAACCUCAAAACUAGAUCAAACUAGACUUUUAAUUCUUCAGAAAGGGGGUGGUUACCAUCUGGACCUCUUCAUUUUGGCCCCUCUCAUUAUCCUCUGCGCUUUAUUGGGACUUCCAUUUUAUGUCGCCGCCACAGUACUCAGUAUGGCGCAUUUGGACGCCUUGAAGCAGCAAUCCGUCUCCAGUGCUCCUGGCGACCCACCGAGGUAUUUGGGGAUCAAGUAAGUUGAUUUUUGGAUUAUUUUUUUCUUGUUAUACAUCAGAUGUCAUGGAUAACAUAAUUGAUACACAAAAAGUCAAUUAGUCAAACCUAGCCGUUCGUCAAGCGUAUUUUACAAACAGAAAAAUUAUUUUCGGCAUUUAUAUAGCCUCAGAUCUUGAAGUCUAGCCAUCUUUCGGCACUUGCAACGGAAUGCCAAGAUUUCAAAAACUUGGCGGGAAUUUUAAACUUUGCAGUUUAAAAUGGCUCAGAAAUAUUGCACUAGGCAAAAAUCCCAAAAGUUUUGCCUUUUUCAGCUCAUUUCUCAAAUUUUCCUCUCUAAACCACCGUAAUCCCCAUUCUAUUUUUCAGAGAGCAGCGGCUCAGCACAAUCUUUGCCCACAUUUUGAUAGGAUUUUCGCUGUUUUUGACCCCAAUCCUGCGGCUGGUUCCAUUGCCCGUGCUCACCGGGAUCUUCCUCUACAUGGGUGUGGUCUCAUUGGGAGGCCAACAGUUCGUCCAACGCUUUCAGCUGCUCUUUAUGAGCAGUAAAACCCAGCCGGAAUACCAUUGGUUGCGCUCGGUGCGUAUGAAACGAACGCAUUUGUUCACUUUUAUCCAGUUGGUCUGCGUUUUGGCGUUGUUUGGACUCAAGAACUUGAAGGGAUUGAAAAUGACCUUCCCGUUGAUGGUAAGUGCAGCUGGGAUACUAUUUACCAGUCGUUCCAUAAAGUGCGUAGACUUUUUUCACGGAACACAGGCUAGUUUUACCGACAGAUUGAUAACAGCCUGUCGGGAAAAUAAUGUGGAUUUGUCGCAGAAAAAAUUCUCACCUCGUCGCAGUCUCACGCCAAAUCUCCAACCGCGGCUAGCCGUCGCAUCGCGAGAAUGGGCGAUUCCAAGACGCGACAAAUCCAAAAAGAAGAAAAAUGGACUGUGUGAAAAAAGUCUAUGCACUUUUGAAAAAUCGUAAUAGCAUUUUUCACAAAGUGCAUGGACGUUUUUUCGCUUUCACACAGUGCAUCUCGAGGCUUCCCCACGCUUUUAGCCAACGCACAGUGCGUUUUUCCCUUUGCGCACCAUGUCAACCUUAAAAAGGCCGUUUGCAUUGUGCAACUGUUUGCGCGAAACCGCGGCGACACAAAAACCAAUGUCGCAGCGAUGCUUCGUUGCACCGUGCAAAACCCAAAAAAAAGUGAAUGCACGGUGCACGAGAGACAUUUUUUGUGCACGGUGCGGACAGCGACGAAAUAUGUCUGUCGGGAAGACACCGUGGGGGACCUGAUUCAGUGGCAAAAGGCGUAUCAUUUUGCAUCCGGGAAGUAUCAAAAAUGUGGCAAAAUGCUCUCCUCUCCAAGUGAAAAAACUUCGUUUUGAAGGGCGCGCUUUUGAAAUCUGGGUUUUUUCACUUGGAGAAAGAGGUAUUUUGCCACAUUUUUUGAUGUUUCCCGGAUGCAAAAUGGUACGUUUUUGCCACUGGAUCAGGACCCCCACUGUAUCUUCUCGACAGACAUAUUUCGUCGCUGUCCGCACUGUGCACAAAAAAUGUCUCUCGUGCACCGUGCAUUCACCUUUUUUUGGUUUUACACGGUGUAAUGAAGCAUCGCUGCGACAAUGGUUUUUGUGUCGCCGCGGAUUCGCGCAAACAUUUGCACAGUGCAAACGGCUUUUUUUUUAAGGUUGGCAUGGUGCGCAAAGGGAAAAACGCAUUAUGCAUUGGCGAAGAGCGCUGGGAAGCCUCAAGAUGCACCGUGUGAAAGCGGAAAAACGUCCAUGCACUUUGUGAAAAAUGCUAUUACGAUUUUUCAAAAGUGCAUAGACUUUUUCGCACAGUGUAGUUGUUGUUGCGAGCCCAAAAUGCGCAGCGACGUAGUCGAAAAAAGAAAACUUUUUUUUUCACUUUCAGCUCCUAGUAAUGGUGAUUGUCCGCGCAUUUUUGCUCGAGCGAAUGUUCACUCAAACCGAGCUUCGAGCCCUGGACGAUCGCCUCCCAACUUGGAGGGAGGUUAUGACACCCAAAGACAAAAAAAGCUCUUUCCCUGGAACCGACCGGUCAGAAGAGCCGCUGACGUCUUCAGCUUGA